AUGGCAGCGGGGCUCAUGGCCGCCACUCACUGCAUGGCAGCGGGGCUCAUGGCCGCCACUCACUGCAUGGCAGCGGGGCUCAUGGCCGCCACUCACUGCAUGGCAGCGGGGCUCAUGGCCGCCACUCACUGCAUGGCAGCGGGGCUCAUGGCCGCCACUCACUGCAUGGCAGCGGGGCUCAUGGGCGGCACUCACUGCAUGGCAGCAGGGCUCAUGGGCGGCACUCACUGCAUGGCAGCGGGGCUCAUGGCCGCCACUCACUGCAUGGCAGCGGGGCUCAUGGGCGGCACUCACUGCAUGGCAGCAGGGCUCAUGGGCGGCACUCACUGCAUGGCAGCAGGGCUCAUGGGCGGCACUCACUGCAUGGCAGCGGGGCUCAUGGCCGCCACUCACUGCAUGGCAGCGGGGCUCAUGGGCGGCACUCACUGCAUGGCAGCAGGGCUCAUGGGCGGCACUCACUGCAUGGCAGCGGGGCUCAUGGCCGCCACUCACUGCAUGGCAGCGGGGCUCAUGGGCGGCACUCACUGCAUGGCAGCAGGGCUCAUGGGCGGCACUCACUGCAUGGCAGCGGGGCUCAUGGCCGCCACUCACUGCAUGGCAGCGGGGCUCAUGGCCGCCACUCACUGCAUGGCAGCGGGGCUCAUGGGCGGCACUCACUGCAUGGCAGCAGGGCUCAUGGGCGGCACUCACUGCAUGGCAGCGGGGCUCAUGGCCGCCACUCACUGCAUGGCAGCGGGGCUCAUGGGCGGCACUCACUGCAUGGCAGCAGGGCUCAUGGGCGGCACUCACUGCAUGGCAGCGGGGCUCAUGGCCGCCACUCACUGCAUGGCAGCGGGGCUCAUGGCCGCCACUCACUGCAUGGCAGCGGGGCUCAUGGCCGCCACUCACUGCAUGGCAGCGGGGCUCAUGGCCGCCACUCACUGCAUGGCAGCGGGGCUCAUGGGCGGCACUCACUGCAUGGCAGCGGGGCUCAUGGGCGGCACUCACUGCAUGGCAGCAGGGCUCAUGGGCGGCACUCACUGCAUGGCAGCGGGGCUCAUGGGCGGCACUCACUGCAUGGCAGCAGGGCUCAUGGGCGGCACUCACUGCAUGGCAGCGGGGCUCAUGGCCGCCACUCACUGCAUGGCAGCGGGGCUCAUGGGCGGCACUCACUGCAUGGCAGCAGGGCUCAUGGGCGGCACUCACUGCAUGGCAGCAGGGCUCAUGGGCGGCACUCACUGCAUGGCAGCAGGGCUCAUGGGCGGCACUCACUGCAUGGCAGCAGGGCUCAUGGCCGGCACUCGUGUCAGGACGACCGCGGAGCCUGCGGCGGGCCUUCCGCCAGCAGCCUCGCGCGGCGAGUCGUCGCUGUGGAAGAAUCCCCUGCUCGGGUCAUCCGUGUUAUUAGCCAGCUCCGCGUUCUGCCCGUGGUCUGCUUUCGGCUUGACCUUGCUGAUUUGCGACAGCUUUCGCUUCAUCCCCGCGUGA